UUGGCUGCCGGAGACGUCAGACUCGCGCCACUUCUUGCACCGCGACAGGGAGAAGCACAGGAGGCUGCAAGUGAAUGAAUACUUGGUCUCCGGUUGACUAAAGUCUCUAAAUCGUGAAUUUUAAACCGCAUUUUGGUUCGUCGGUACUUUAAGACUCCGAACUUUAGUGAUCUCACCCCGAGCUCGACGUCUGCAGCCAUGGCUCGUAAGGAUUACGCGGCAGAGAAAGAAAAAUGCAAAAGGUUUCUGCAGGAGUUCUACACUGAGGAUGAUAAUGGGAAGAAGGUGUUCAAAUAUGGAGCUCAACUUGUGGCGCUGGCCCACAGGGAGCAGGUUUCUAUCGCUGUGGAGCUCGACGAUUUGGCUGAAGAAGACCCCGAGCUGGUUGAGAGCAUCUGCGAGAAUGCCAAGCGCUACACAGGCCUCUUCGCCGAUGCCAUCCACGAGCUGCUGCCAGAAUACAAAGAACGAGAUGUCGUGGCCAAAGAUGCUCUGGAUGUGUACAUUGAGCACAGGCUGAUGAUGGAACAAAGGAACCGUGACCCUGCAGAUACCCGAGACCCCCGUAACCAGUACCCACCUGAACUCAUGAGGAGAUUUGAGCUGUACUUCAAACCUCCAAGCACGUCUAAACCCAAAGUGGUGCGUGAUAUCCGAGCUGACAGCAUCGGCCAUCUGGUGACCGUUCGAGGCAUCGUGACCCGCGCCACUGAGGUCAAACCAAUGAUGGCUGUAGCUACGUACACAUGUGACCAGUGUGGUGCCGAGACCUAUCAACCAAUCCAGUCUCCGUCUUUCAUGCCGCUCAUCAUGUGUCCCAGCCAAGAGUGCGUCACCAACAAAUCCGGAGGCCGACUCUACCUGCAGACCAGAGGCUCCAAGUUUGUCAAGUUUCAGGAGCUGCGUAUUCAGGAACAUAGCGACCAGGUCCCAGUUGGUAAUAUCCCGAGGAGCAUGACGGUGUAUGCACGGGGUGAGAACACGCGUCUUGCCCAGCCAGGAGACCAUGUAGCCAUCACAGGAGUCUUCCUUCCUCUGCUGCGCACAGGCUUCAGUCAGGCGGUUCAGGGCCUUCUGUCAGAAACCUACCUGGAGGGUCACAACAUCACACUCAUGAACAAGACGGAGGACGAUGAGCUCGGUAACGAGGAGCUGACCGAUGAGGAGCUGCGCAGCAUCACAGAUGAAGGAUUUUAUGAGAAGCUCGCUGGGUCAAUAGCACCUGAGAUCUACGGACAUGAAGAUGUGAAGAAGGCUCUGCUCCUGUUGCUGGUUGGAGGAGUGCAACAGGCUCCCAAAGGCAUGAAAAUCAGAGGAAACAUAAAUGUCUGCCUGAUGGGAGACCCUGGAGUUGCCAAGUCCCAGCUGCUCUCCUACAUUGACCGCCUGGCUCCUCGAAGCCAGUAUACAACAGGUCGUGGUUCGUCCGGCGUCGGCCUGACUGCAGCAGUGAUGCGUGACCCUCUAACUGGUGAAAUGACCCUAGAAGGUGGAGCCUUGGUGCUGGCUGACCAGGGCAUCUGCUGCAUCGACGAGUUUGAUAAAAUGGCUGACGCGGACCGAACCGCCAUCCACGAGGUGAUGGAGCAGCAGACCAUCUCCAUCGCUAAGGCUGGCAUCAUGACCUCCCUCAACGCCCGUUGUUCUAUUCUGGCAGCAGCUAACCCCGCCUACGGCCGCUACAACCCCCGCAAGAGUAUCGAGCAGAACAUUCAGCUGCCGGCUGCUCUGCUCUCCCGUUUUGACCUGCUCUGGCUCAUCCAGGACAAACCAGAUGCUGAUGCUGACCUGCGUCUGGCCCAGCACAUCACCUACGUCCACCAGCACUGCCGCCAGCCGCCCACUCACUUCACCCCCAUUGACAUGAAACUCAUGAGGCGUUACAUAGCUCUCUGUAAGAAGCGCCAGCCUGUGGUGCCGGAGUCGCUGGCUGAUUACAUCACUGCCGCUUACGUGGAAAUGAGAAAGGAGGCUCGAGUGAGCAAAGACACCACCUUUACCUCUGCCCGUACCCUCCUCUCCAUCCUCCGUCUCUCCACUGCCCUGGCUCGGCUUCGCAUGAUGGACAGUGUGGAGAAGGAAGACGUCAACGAGGCCAUGAGGCUCAUGGAAAUGUCGAAGGAUUCACUACAGACCGACAAGUCCAGCACCACAAGGACCCAGCGUCCGGCCGACGUCAUCUUCUCUCUGGUGCGUGAGCUGGCCACGGAGGGCGUGGCCGGCCGCGGCAGAGCCGGCGGCGUGGUUCGCAUGUCUGAAGCAGAGCAGCGCUGCGUCUCUCGCGGAUUCACGCCCGCCCAGUUCCAGGAGGCUUUGGAGGAGUACGAGGAGCUGAACGUGUGGCAGGUCAACCAGGCCCGCAGCCGCAUCACCUUCGUCUGAACAAACCCCGGGACACGUCUUCACGCACGCCUUCUUUCAGCCACCUGAGUGGAAAACUCUUCAUUAUCGCUUUUCUACAGUCCAGUAGUGGAGCUCCUUAUUUUUUUUCUUGUUUUGUUCUCCCGCAUUUUGUAACAAGUUAAGCAGAACAUGGACUUAUUUUUAUGCUAGACUGUUUCAUAAGACUCCCUACUGGAUGAGAUCCACAGCUUUUUAUGUAAAUAUGUAUGUCAAAAUGUAUUAUCUGCAGGUGAAAUAGAGCAUUCCUGUACAUUUUAUUCUUAUUGGGCAAAGUGAUGCUGAGCCUUGUAUUGUGACAGAUCGUUAAAAUAAACUGAUGGUUCAAUGUUA